UCUCUCUCUCUCUCUCUCUCUCUGUCUCUCUGUCUCUCUGUCUCUCUCUCUCUGUCUGUCUCUGUCUCACACACAGACACACAGCUGGACUGCAUUAUACACUGACUGAAGAGUUUUUCGGACAACAUGUCAGCCGCUGUUUGCGUCUUGAUUCUGUCAGCACUGUGGGGACACACAGUGGUUUCAGGAGACCUCAGCAGACCCACUAAAGUCCGCCUGACCUCUCAUGACAUGAACCUGGUCCUGAGCUGGGACUUGCCUGCAGAACCAGCCGGCCUGCUGUACACAACGGAGUACAGAUCCUCAGUGAUAAAUUACAGAGCGGGCUGUGUGAAUAUCUCCACCCUUGAAUGUGACUUCACCCGCCACAGCAUUCCACAAACCAUAUAUCAGUUUGGAAAGUAUACAGCCAGGGUGCGGGCGCAUUCGGGGACAGAGACCUCCGCAUGGGUGGAAAGUAACAACGUUGCCAUGGACAAAGAGACCAACAUCAGUUCUCCCAUUAUCUCUCUCCUCUCCAACGGUGCUGCCAUUGAGGUUAUCAUUCAAGAUCCAGUGUUCAGGAUCUCUUCACUCAGACAGGUUUACAGCUCAGCCACCUACAACAUCACCUACUGGCAGGACAGCCAGAAGCAAAAGACAAGGAGCAUCAGCAACAUCCAGCAGAGUCGGGUGGUUCUCAGUGACCUGGAGCCCUGGACCAAGUACUGCGUCAAGGUCCAAAUCAGUACCGGGAGGAUCUCCAACAACCUCAGCCAGCCCAGCGCCGAUGUUUGUGAGAGCACCACCAUCGAUAAAGAGGUUCCUUGGGUGGCAGCCGUGGUGACGUUUAUCACCAUGGCGAUUGCAGUUGCUCUGGUGGUGGUUGCGGUGGUGUAUCGGAAACGUAUAUCCCACCUUCUCUGUCCAAAAGACUCACUGCCUCAGCACUUUAAAGAGGACCUCAUGGUACGCCCUAACUCGUCCAUGUACAUAGCCAUGUGUAACUCCCAUCCAUCGGAGGAGAUCUUCCACCAGGUGAGCAUCAUUCCAGACAGCAGCAUCAUUGAGGCAGAGCGCCCUCUGGAGGCAGAGCCGCCUCACACCACACAGACAUAGAAGAAGGAUGAGAACAGCAGAGCUCAUGAAGAAGAACUGAUCUGCAGUCAGGUGAAACUGAGACAGAUUAUCAGCAGGGACACUGAGAAACAGUGAAAGCAUGGAUUUUUGCCUGACAUCAGAGUUUGGAUGCCACGCAUUUACCGGCAGUCCCAUAUGAAUCAGUGGCUGUGAAGAGGUGAGAGGGCAGAGCCAGAGGGCUGCAACGGCAGGACUGAUCACUCAUCCUGGCGGUAUCACUCCUGUGAUGUACAGUUGUAAUGAUGUGCACAUUUCACAACAUGCUGACAGAAGGAACAUUGCACCCACAAAAGUAUUGAUGCUGCCAUGGUCUGGCUGGGAGGGUUACUUUAAAAAUGUAAUUGUUAGUUACCUGUAAAACUAUUUAAUAAGUAAUUUCAUCUGGGUGUAAAAAAAUAUAAAUAAUGUAACCUGAUUGCGUUCCGUUACUUUUGGAUUACCUCAUUAUGAAAUACAGGCUCAUAAACAAAAGAGAAAAUAAAUAUCAAUCAGAAGUUUUUUUUGUCACCUUGUGUGUGCUUAUGCACCAAACAGCAGUUCAGAGUAUUCAGCCUUCUUGGAGACCCUGAAAGAAGUCCUGUAUGGGGCUCCUGAAGGGGACUCCUUAGUCUUGCUGGGAGACUUCAACGCACACGUGGGCAAUGAUGGAGACACUUGGAGGGGCGUGAUUGGGAGGAACGGCCCCCCUGAUCUGAACCGGAGUGGUGGUUUGUUACUGGACUUCUGUGCUAGUCAUGGAUUGGCCAUAACCAAACACCAUGUUCGAACAUAAGGAUGCUCAUAAGUGUACGUGGUACCAGAGCACCCUAGGCAGAAGGUCCAUGAUCGAUUUUGUUAUCGUAUCAUCGGACCUGAGGCCGCAUGUUUUGGACACUCGGGUGAAGAGAGGGGCGGAGUUGUCAACUGAUCACCAUCUGGUGGUGAGUUGGGUCGAGUGGCAAGGGAAGCCUCUGGACAGACCCGUUAAGCCCAAACGUGUAGUGCGGGUGAACUGGGAACGUCUGGAGGACUCCCAAGUCCAGGAGGCCUUCAACUCACACCUCCGGCGGAGCUUAUCAGGCAUCCCUCUGGAGGCUGGGGACAUUGAACCAGAGCAGGCGGUGUUCAAAGCCUCCAUUGCCGAAGCUGCGGUGGGGAGCUGUGGUCUCAAGGUCUUAGGUGCCUCAAGGGGCGGUAACCCUUGAACCUCCUGGUGGACACCGGUGGUCAGGGAAGCCGUCCGACUGAAGAAGGAGGCCUUCCGGGAUAUGUUAUCCCUGGGUACUCCUGACGCAGUUGCAAGGUAUUGACGGGCCCGAAGGGCAGCAGCCUCAGCCGUGGCCAAGGCAAAGCAGCGGGUGUGGGAGAAGUUCGGAGAACCCAUGGAGAAGGACUUUCGGUCGGCACCAAAGUUGUUCUGGAAAACCGUCCGACACCUCAGGAGGGGGAAGCAGGGAACCAUCCAAGCUGUGUACAGUAAGGAUGGGACGCUGUUGACCUCAACUGAUAGGGUGUUAGGGCGGUGGAAGGAACACUUUUAGGAACUCCUGAAUCCGACAACUCCGCCCUCUAUGUUAGAGGCGGAGCUGGAGUAUGAAGGGGGAUCAAUUCCAAUCUUACGGGGGGAAGUCACUGAGGUAGUUAAACAGCUCCACAGUGGCAAAGCCCCGGGGGUGGAUGAGAUCCGCCCAGAAAUGCUGAAGGCUCUGGGUGUUGAGGGACUGUCAUGGUUGACACGUCUCAUCAACAUUGUGUGGAAGUCGGAAACAGUACAGACGGAGUGGCAGACCGGGGUGGUGGUUCCUCUUUUUAAAAAGGGGGAUCAGAGGGUGUGUGCCAAUUACAGAGGCAUCACAUUACUCAGCCUCCCCGGGAAAGUUUACUCUAAGGUGCUGGAAAGGAGGGUCCGGCCGAUUGUCGAACCUCAGAUUGAGGAGAAACAAUGCGGUUUUCGUCCUGGUCGUGGAACGAUGGACCAGCUUUUCACUCUCGCAAGGAUCCUGGAGGGGGCCUGGGAGUAUGCUCAUCCGGUCUAUAUGUGCUUUGUGGAUUUGGAGAAGGUGUAUGACCGGGUUCCCAGGGAGAUACUGUGGGAGGUGGAAGGAACACUUUGAGGAACUCCUGAAUCCGACAACUCCGCCCCCGGCUAAAUGAUGGUCGAACUCUCAAACUGAUGGUUCAUAUUCCUUUAUUUGCGAACCGUGAUCCAUUAAAGAACGCACCGUAUGAACACACCGUAUGAACACACCGUAAGAGCUAUAAAGACAAAAGAAAAAUACAGUUACCUUUCCUUUUACUUAAAUGAAAUUAUUUUUAACUGCUUUUAUCACAUAAACAAUCAUGUAAGUUUACUCCCCUUUUCUCUAUUUUAAUUAAAAGACAAUCUCCAAUGGAGUGCUGUAUUACCAUGAAAUAAACAGUUUUUAACCUUAGCAGACCUCACAUAAAACAGACAAAAUACAUCCUGUUGCAUUAAUGAAACAACCAACGAGUUAGCUUAGCUCCAUCUCACUUCAAUACAGACCGACACAGUAAAUUGUUUUUGGUGUUUGCAUAGUGGUCUAGCUUUUUGUCAUCGAUGCAUUUUUGUUAAAUGGUUCACGUGAAGUAUUUGAUACAAGGUCUUACACUGUUUUAAGUGUAGAGGCUCAGGCUUGUUUUUAAAAAAUAAAAGAAUAUAUUGUGCUGCCCUAGCAAAUGUUUAUUAAGGUAUUAUUCUAUGCAGAGUUUAGUCGAGAACCUACAUGUAUACAAAUGUGUUUUAUUUUAAAAUGUUAUUGAACAUGUUUCCUACUGUACUGAAAAGCCCAUUCUCAGUGUUAGUGCACUUCCUCAUCACACUGCUUGGAAAAUUUGAGAAAAAGAUUAGAAUAUAAAUACUUAACCAGAAUAAACACAACAUGAAUUUGCAUUAAUAACA